AAUAGUUCAAUACUGGAAAAUUCCGACGACAUCACUGAUUUUACACUGACAGAUUGGAAAAGUGGCGGUAGCCAUCGGAGUUUCACUUGACAUUUCAUCCGGAUGUUUUUUGUUUACAUCGGAUCGAAUGUGUAUAUUUGAUGGGAUUUAAUGGACACUAACGAUGAAGUUCAAAAAGCAAUUCACCUUUAUUGCAUUCAUAUUGAUUGUCGUAAUAAUUUGGACUUUACUAUGGAAUCGGAUCACCACCAACAACACGGUGUUGUUGGCAAAGUUUAACAGGGAUUUUUUGAAUACCCAUGACACGAAACAGAUAACCGAACGAAUGGUUAUGAGCACACCGAAAGCUCCCAAUGAAAUUGUGAUAUCAGUUGUCUCUUGUGGAAUGCGAUUACAGGAGACACUGAACAUGCUGAAAUCAGCGCUUAUGUUUAACGUGGAUAAAGUAGCCCUUAAGUUCAUCAUCGUAACCGAAACAUCAAGCAUUGCCAGUUUCAGAGAAAAGCUUGAAGAUUGGUUGGUUCUGACGAAAAAUGAGUUUACAUUCGAAAUUCUACCGUUAACAUUUCCGGAAAAACACAAAAACGAAUGGAAAAAUUUAUUCAAGCCGUGUGCCGCCCAACGUCUCUUCCUUCCGUCCCUUCUAAGUCACAUCGACUCCGUGCUUUACGUUGACACUGACACCCUGUUCCUGACACCGGUAUCAGACAUCUGGCAUUUCUUUACCGAAUUUAAUUCGUCACAAAUAGCUGGCCUGUCACCGGAACACGAAGACCGUAACGUUGGUUGGUACAAUCGAUUCGCCAAGCAUCCGUUCUACGGCCCGAUGGGCUUGAACUCGGGCGUGAUGCUAAUGAAUCUGACGCGGAUGCGGAAAUUCAAGUGGGAGGAGUACAUUCUGCCGUUGUACAAGGAAUUUAAACUUAAAAUCACAUGGGGCGAUCAGGAUCUCAUCAACAUUCUAUUCUACUAUCACCCAGACAAACUGUACCUCUUCCCGUGUGAAUGGAACUAUCGACCCGAUCACUGCAUGUACAUGCCGGUGUGCAAAGCGACAACGGGUGUAAAAAUCUUACACGGAAACCGCGGCUAUUUCCAUGCCGACAAGCAGCCAAUAUUUAGCACCACAUUCCGUAUCGUACAGGAAUAUCGUUUGGGCGACGAUUUGUAUAACAAUUUUUUGAUGACAUUGGAAUCAGCUCUUGCUGACAGUACGGUAGUGCAAUCGAAUUGCGGUAAAGUUAGUGAUAAAUUACUCAUUAAGUCGAGAGAACUAUUUAAGGAAGUCGAGUAUUACUACAAUACGAGAUGAUGAACAGUUUUUCUUCUUCCAUUUGCAUUUGAGUGUCGAUAGUGUUAGUCGUCAAUGUGCGUUAGUGUGUGUGUGUGACUCAAAUAUUUUAAGAAAAUAAUUUUUAGAAAAUUGUAAACUUUCUGAAUGUGAUCAUGAAAUUGAACUGUGGAUCUUAGCGCAGGGCAUAUACCGUUUAUACCAAUGUGUUCUAACAUUCUCACCAUAUUAUGGUACAUACGAUGGGACCAAUCAAUUGAGGAAUGAAUGGUCGCAUGAAUCAUACGCCGUUGUUUUCCAACGUAAUGGUUAGAUCAUUCAAUGAACAACUGAAAAUUGUGUUGUUAGCACGCAAAGCUAAAGUUCUAAACGGCAGAUGUUGCUUCAAAUGUACACUGACAAAAAAGAGUUGCAUAUCUUACUGUUGCAUGUAACUUUGUCUCCAGGUAACCUACAAUAGCUGUCACAACUCGAACUGGUCCUUUUGGGUGAUGAACAAUGAUUAAAGAUUUUUUUACAAAUUCCUCCAUUGGCGUCUCUUUUUAGUGCACCCUUGUUCUACCAGCCCAAUUCUUUUUUUAGUAGCCAGUCCGGUCGUAAUGAGAACUUGGGCGCCGUAGUUGAAGGGGAUUCCCAUAACGAUUAUUUUUACUACAUUUAAGACAACUAUUUAAUUGCCAUAGGACAGACGACGUCAUCUAUUCCGCUAUUGUUGGAAAUAUUCACAUAUUUUUUUACACCAAUCUCAUUAUGUCACUCCCUGUCGACCUCGUGUGCCCGCCUGAUAAUAUGCUUGUCUCUAAAUAAUUCUCUUCAAUAAAAUCUUCAGACAUCGAUCUGAUAAAAUCUGUAGAAUCUCAGUGGUUUAAACAAACGAACAAAUUGAGAUUGAAUGUGUACGAAGAUCAUGUGUAUACGUCGAUUGUGGAAUAAAAAGAAACCCGGUAAAUGACUAAUCUCUACUGAAUUAAGAUUAGUAUCUAGCAAACACAUCACAAAUAUAUCAUGCCGGAGUGUAUUAAAAAUAGAAUAGUGAAUAUCGACUGUGUUUUCUUGAAUCGAAAAUAAGUUCGGUUUUUUUUAAAUGUGAUUUUUGUAUUUUUUAAUAAAUAAAAUUGAUUUUGUCAAAGAA